AUGCUGACUGCCUCCCUUCUGCGCCCAUACUCGUUCUCGGAAUCUGCUACCAUUGGGGGCCACGCUGGCUUCGGAGCCCCUCUGCUGUGCCCCGGCUGGGAGCGCGGCCAUCUUGUCCCUGGCCUGUGCCAGCCCGCUGGCCGGCAGGGAGCAGCUGCUGCCCAGGGCCGGGAGGACCUCAGCCGGGCGGAGUGCGCUGUGGACACAAGGCCCUGGCGGCUGUGUGCUCCCGAGACUACGCUCAGCUCGGCCUCUUGGGCAGCCGGCGACCAGGGUUUGGUCCGCGGCCGCAGCGGGCGUUUGGUCCAGGCGGAGGCCAGGCUGGUCCUGCGCUCCCGCCGCUGUGUGUGCUGCGAGCCCCCGGGGAGUACGGCCACCCCCCACGGCUCACGGCUGAUGCGGCCUCAGCCCCAGGGCCUGGCAGCAAUAGCUCUCUUCCAUUUCUCCCGGGGUGAGGAACCAGGAGCCGCCGAGUCUCCCGGUGGCGACACCGUGUACAAGGCGCAGCAGGGAUUCCGGCCCCGGGAGCCGCGCAAGCGCGGGGAGCGUUGGGAGACGGGGGAGCUGCAGAUCAGCUUGAAGAACUGUGGCCCUCGGCAGGAUGGAGGCUUCUUGGGCACCUCAGGCUUAAGUCUCCUCCCCACCCCAAGCUCUCCAGCGUGCCUGCAGGACCAGCAGCGCUGUGACGAGGCCACGGCCGUGGACGUCUCCCAUGCGGACAUCAGGCUGCUGAAGAAAUUCAGCAAGAAUGAGACGCUGGCCGGGAAGUAGGAAGCCUUUUUGGCUUCAGAGCCUCUGACCAAGCAGGUGCCACGCAUGCAGGGAGCAGGCCUGAAUGGGGCUAGCAAGUUCCCCUCCUUGCUGACCCACGGCAGGAGCUUGGUGGUGAACGUUGGUGUGAAAUCCACAAUCGAGUUCCAGAUGAAGAAGGUGGUGCGUCUGGUGGUGGCUCUUGGCCCCGUGAAGGUGACAGAUGAUGAGCUUGUGUACAACGUUCUCUUAGCUGUCGGUUUCCUGGUGCUGUUGCUCAAAAAGAACUGGCAGAACGUCCAGGCUUUAUACGUCAAGAGCCCAGCGCCCGUACUAAGGCACAGCCUAACAAACCGUACUGCUACCACUUAAAAAAAGAAAAAAAGAAGCAGCAAUUAACCCAUUUAAUGUUAACAUAAAUAACCUUUUUUAUAAAGGAACUACAUUUUUCUAAACUGAAAAAAUGCAGUGAAGGCAGGGCAUCGUUGAAUAUUUUUACAAGGUAAUUAAUCUGUUUAAUAUCUGACCUAGCGGGAGA